AUGGUCGUGAAUACCAUCCACUGGUUCAGGAAGGGCUUGCGGCUCCACGACAACCCGUCUCUCAAGGAGUCCCUGCUGGGGGCCGACACCGUUCGCUGCAUCUACAUCCUCGACCCCUGGUUUGCGGGCUCGUCUAACGUGGGCAUCAACAGGUGGAGGUUCCUGCUGCAGAGUCUGGAAGACUUGGACUCCAACCUCCGCAAGCUCAACUCGCGUCUCUUCGUGAUCCGGGGCCAGCCCACAGAUGUCUUUCCCAGACUCUUUAAGGAAUGGAACAUUUCCCGCCUCUCUUACGAGUACGACUCGGAGCCCUUCGGGAAGGAGCGAGAUGCCGCCAUCAAAAAGCUGGCCUCCGAGGCCGGCGUGGAGGUGACAGUGCGCAUCUCGCACACCCUCUACGAUCUGGACAAGAUCAUCGAGUUGAACGGCGGUCAGUCGCCGCUCACCUACAAGCGCUUCCAGACCCUAAUCAGCCGCAUGGACGCGGUGGAGGUGCCGGCCGAGUUUAUCACCGCCGACGUGAUGGGCAAGUGCACCACGCCGCUGUCCGACGACCACGACGACAAAUUCGGGGUGCCGUCCCUGGAGGAGCUGGGUUUCGAUACCGAGGGCUUGUCGUCGGCCGUUUGGCCAGGAGGGGAAUCGGAAGCCCUCACGCGACUGGAGAGGCACCUGGAGAGAAAGGCUUGGGUGGCCAACUUUGAGCGCCCCCGCAUGAACGCCAAUUCGCUGCUGGCCAGCCCCACCGGCCUCAGCCCCUACCUGCGAUUCGGAUGCCUUUCGUCUCGGCUCUUCUACUUCAAGCUCACCGAUCUCUACAGGAAGGUGAAGAAGAACAGCUCACCCCCGCUGUCGCUGUACGGCCAGUUGCUGUGGCGCGAGUUCUUCUACACGGCGGCCACCAACAACCCGUGCUUCGACAAGAUGGAGAGCAACCCCAUCUGCGUGCAGAUCCCGUGGGACCGCAACGCCGAGGCGCUGGCCAAGUGGGCCGAGGGACGCACCGGCUUCCCCUGGAUCGACGCCAUCAUGACGCAGCUGCGCCAGGAGGGCUGGAUCCACCACUUGGCCCGCCAUGCCGUCGCCUGCUUCCUGACACGCGGAGACCUGUGGAUCAGCUGGGAGGAAGGCAUGAAGGUGUUCGAGGAGCUGCUCCUGGACGCCGACUGGAGCGUGAACGCCGGCAGCUGGAUGUGGCUAUCCUGCAGCUCCUUCUUCCAGCAGUUCUUCCACUGCUACUGCCCGGUGGUGUUCGGCCGGCGCACCGACCCCAACGGCGACUACAUCCGCCGCUACCUGCCCGUGCUGCGGGGCUUCCCGGCCAAGUACAUCUACGACCCGUGGAACGCGCCCGAGGCGGUGCAGAAGGCGGCGCGCUGCAUCGUGGGCGUGCACUACCCCAAGCCCAUGGUGCACCACGCCGAGGCCAGCCGCCUCAACAUCGAGCGCAUGAAGCAGAUCUACCAGCAGCUGUCAUGCUACAGAGGCCUCGGUCUCUUGGCAUCCGUUCCCUCCACCGCCAACGGAAAUAAUAAGCCCUCUUCGGACGUCAUGGGAUACUCUGUCGACGCUCCUCACGAUAGCGCCGCCGCUGCGUCUUCUGGCUAUCCGGUGCCAGGUCAGACCCAGGCGGACUGGCAAAGCGGAGGUGGCGUCAUGAUGUACUUACAGGGAGACGCCCAGGGCGGCGUGUCCGCACAUCAGCAAGGUUACGUUAGCUCCAGUAUGAUUUGCUACCCUCAAGGCAACAACCGCCAGAGUCCCGCGCUCCAAAAAGGGCUAGAGCAUCACUCAGGCGGCGCGCCAAUGAGCAGCAAGCGUCACUGUGAGGAUUCCGGAAAUGGCAAAAGCUCCAAAGUCCAGAGACACUAA